AUGCCCCCGGGUGAUGCUGAUGCUUCUAACCCAAGGACCACACUUUGUGUAUACAAGGGACCGGAGACCAUCACCUCUACCGCCAGGUGUGUGUAUGCUGAGUCCCGGCGUCCCAGAUCAGUGUCCCGCAGGUCCCAGGCCUUCCGUCAAGGCAGCCAAGCUGCGGCGGCGCAGGAGGGGGCGGGUUCGGCGAGGGCACGGCCUCAGAGGGGGGGCGCAGGACACGCAUCCCCCGCGAUCGCCCGGGCCACUCGGGAGCCUCGCAGCAACCCGGCGCCCCACUUGGCCAUCCGCUCCUUGCCCGCCUCCUCUUGUCACCUCCCGUCUCAUCCUUCUCGCUCCUUCCCCGCCGCAUACACCGCCAUCCGAGUGCCUCAGAGAGCCGGAGGUGGUGUGCGGGGCUGCAGGGCACAACUUCAAGCGGUCCUCAGCUCCGCACUAGGGGGCACGGGCAACAGCAUGGACACCAAGCGCUGCUUCGCCAGUCGCUUCGAUAACUACCAGGGCAGCCUGCUGGCGGGCCAGUGCGAGGAGGCGGUGGCGUCCUUGGUCACCGCCACCAUCCAGCGCAUCCUCCAGGAGCUUCCCCCACUCGGGGCGGCGCCGAGGCCUGAGGGGCGACGGCCAGGGCUAGCGGCUGCCGGGGGGGUUAUGGCGGCGUGGCCGGAGUGGCGUAUAUGCUCUACCACGUCUCGCAAAGCCCGCUUUUCGCCACGGCCCGGGAACGCUACCUGCGCUCAGCUAUGCGCCUCAUGGACGCGUGCGCCCGCGCUGAGGAGUGGGGCGAACCGGACGACGACACCCGCGCCGCCUUCCUGCUCGGGGGCGCGGGCGUGUACGCCGUGGCCACGCUCGUAUACCACGCCCUGGGCCGGUCCGACUACGUGCAGCCGCUGGGCAAGUUCCGGGCUCUGUGUGCCGUCUGCGCGCCGGUCUCCUUCCUGGAGUGCGGCUCCGACGAGCUGUUCGUGGGCCGCGCGGGCUACCUGUGUGCCGCGCUGGUGCUCAAGCAGAAACUCGCCCAGGAGUUUUUCACAGGAAAAAAGCCAAUUCAGUAUUAAAAUGCUAGCCAAGAUUGAGGGCGAGUACACAGAAGUCGUCUGCACAUUCAAAGAAGCAAGACAAGCUUUUGAAAAUAACAAAAAAGCUGUUGGCCAGAUGCUUAUCUGAGCUCCUAGAAACCACCCACAUUCUUUACCAUAUGGCCGCCUCCAUCUUCAAAGCCAGCAAUGGAUAAUUUAUACCUUGUCAAGUUCCUCUCAUUCUUCAAAUCUCUCUGACUUUUCUGUCUCUGACUAGAGUGUCCAGAUUUAUAGGGCUCCUGUGAUUAGGUCAGGCACACUGGAUAAUCUCCCUUUUUUUAAAAGUCAAUUUGUAAUACAAUAUAACCUAGUCAUGGGAGUAUAAUUAAUCAUAUGCAGAGUCCUGGGUAAUAUACAGGGAAAGUACACCAGGGUCACAGAAUUUUGGUGGCCAAAAUUCUCUUAGAAUUAUAAAAAUAUUUAUUAUUCAGGAGGUUUUCACUUUAAAAUAUCUAUUCCCUAAUACUUAUUGUAUUCAAAUUACUUAUUUGUCACAGUAAAUUUUGGUAGUUUGUGCUUUUCAGGUAACUGGUCUAUUUUAUUUAAGUUGUAAAUUUGUUUGUAGUAUUCUCUUAUUAUCCUUUGAUGCCUGGUUGGUGAGUAGUAGUAUCUACUGUUUCAUUCCUGAUGUUAAUAAUUUGUAUUAUUUCCCCCUUUUUCCUCAUUCUUACUAGAGGCUUGUCAAUUUUAUUAAUCUCCAUAAAGCCAAGAUUUUUAUUUCAUCAGCAUUAUCCAUCUUGAUUUUUUCUGUUUUCACUUUAAUCAUUAUCUACUUUUAUUCUUAUUAGUUCCUUAUUUCAGCUUAGUUUGAGUUUAGUUUGCUCUUGUAUAAAUUUCCCUCUCUGUGCUCUUUAGCUACUCCCACAAAUUUUGAUAUGCUAUAAUUUCAUUUUCAUUUAGUUGAAUGUAUUUGUAAAUUCCCUUGAGACUUCUUCUCUAACCCACGUAUUAUUACAAAUUAUGCUGUACUUAUUUCUUAGUGUUUGGAGAUUUUCCUGUUGUAUUUUGUUUUAAUAUUUAAUUUGAUUCUGUUGUGGUCAAGAAACACACUCUGUAUGACUCCAAUUCAUUAAAACUUGUCGAAGUUUGUUUUAUGGCCCAAGAUAUGGUUGAUUUUGAUUUAUGUUAUAAAGGCAUUUUUUAAAAAAUGUACAUUGUGCUGUUGUUGGGUAUAGUGUUCUAUAAAUGUCAGUUAGAUCCUGUU